CCGGGAUCGCUUUGCCGCUGUGUGGUAAUGUCCGCCAUGUUUGCAAUGGCGCAGGGAGCGGAUCGACCAAGCAAAAAGAGCCUUUAAAUGUAACUAAACUCGUCUAAAAACGGCCUCUUGCAAAGGAUUCUGUAUCAACUAGGGCCCAUGAGUCCGUUUGUGGUGGAAAGAAACGGACCCCUAUCGAUUUUCAACCGAGUUUUUUUGAACGCAUUUCGGUAGGAUAAAUGUUUCCUUCACAUUUGGGUUUAUUGUGAUCGGCUACAACAAUGAGUAAACUCUCGUUCCGAGCGCGGGCGCUAGACGCCGCCAAACCUCUCCCCAUAUUCCGCGGUAAAGACCUCCCGGACCUUAACGACUGCGUUUCAAUCAACCGAGCAGUACCACAGAUGCCGACUGGAAUGGAAAAAGAAGAGGAAUCGGAACACCACUUACAGCGGGCCAUUUCAGCUCAACAGGUUUUCAGGGAGAAGAAGGAAACCAUGGUUAUUCCUGUUCCGGAGGCAGAGAGCAACAUUACCUAUUAUGACAAGCUAUACAGAGGAGAAUUUAAGAUUCCCAAGCAGUUCAUCCAUAUUCAGCCAUUUAGCCUUGAUAAUGAGCUAGCAGAUUAUGACAUGGACUCAGAGGAUGAAACAUUACUCAACAGGCUUAACAGGAAGAUGGAAAUUAAAUCUGCACAAUUUGAAACAAUGAUAGACAGAUUGGAAAAAGCUAGCACAAACCAGCUUGUAACUCUUCAAGAAGCUAAACUACUUUUAAAUGAAGAUGACUAUUUACUAAAAUCAGUUUAUGACUACUGGGUUAGGAAAAGAAAAAAUUGUAGGGGGCCUUCUUUGACUCCCCAGGUUAAGCAGGAAAAGAGAGAUGGAUCAACCAAUAACGAUCCCUAUGUGGCCUUUCGAAGAAGAACAGAAAAGAUGCAAACAAGAAAAAAUCGUAAAAAUGAUGAAGCUUCAUAUGAAAAAAUGUUAAAGUUAAGAAGAGAGUUCAGCAGAACAGUAACGAUUUUAGAAAUGAUAAAGAGACGAGAAAAAUCAAAACGUGAAUUGCUUCACCUUACAUUGGAGGUUGUGGAGAAAAGAUACCAAAUGGGUGACUUUGGAGGUGAGAUUCUUAAUGAAGUGAAGAUUCCAAGACCAGAGAAGUCUCUUUAUAGCAGUCCAGUAACACUCCUAAAUGGGAACCACCAUAAAGUUACAGAAUGUAAAGUCAAGCACCCUCAUCACAUUUCAGUCAAGGAGGAAGUUCAUGAUGUCCGACCAAAGAAAAAAUACCCGAAGAAACCGAAAGAUAUUUUGCACCAGCAGUCCCGUACAGAGCUUGUCCCUGCCAUUAAUAAAAGUGACAUUAAACAGUAUGACUUCCAUAGUUCUGAUGAUGAAGAGCUUUCACAGGUGCAAUCUCCUUUUUCAGAACCAGAUGAAGAAGGUGACCCAGAUGGGUCAUUUGCUUUCAGAAGGAAGGCAGGCUGCCAGUACCAUGCUCCAUUUUUGGAACAUGCCAAUAGUUUCCUAUGGGAAAGCCCAGAACUUGCAGGAUUGGAAGAACACAAGUUCCGACACUGCCUUACUGCUCUUUCAGUUCCGAAAAGGUGCAUAGGGCUUGCGAGGCGGCGAAUUGGACGAGGAGGAAGAAUAAUUAUGGACCGUGCAUCAUCUGAACAUGACCGUGUUCUAAAGCGGUUGGACCCUGAAGUGUUUAGCUCCAUACCUAACAGUUCUACCACAGACAAGUUUAACACUUCCAUAUGGACCAAUACUUCCAAAACUCAACCUGGGAAUGUAGCUUCUCUGACAGAAAUUUUAAGCAAUAUUAAAUCAUGUCGGUUGCGGUGUUUUCAGCCGCAUUCAACACCUAUUCAGGGCAAUAAGGAGAUUGGAAGUACCUCUAGAAAAUUGGAACAGACUAUGAACAACAGAAGGAUAGUUGGAGCUUCUGUUGCACUGCUAAACUCAAGCAAGAAUGGACUUUCAGUUACAGGUGGUAUUACAGAGGAACAGUUUCAGACACAUCAGCAGCAGCUGGUGCAAAUGCAAAAGCAGCAGCUAGCCCAACUCCAGCAGAAGCAAUCCCAGCAUUCCUCACACCCAGCUCAUUCACAUGCACAGGUACCUGGGAAUUCAGACUGUGUUUCAAAGACUCUUGAUUCAGCUAGUGCUCAUUUUGCUGCAUCAGCUGUGGUCAGUGCUCCAGAUUCAGACCACAGUGAGAUGCUCAGUAAGGAAAGCAGAAUUCAUAACAGCAGCAUCAAUGGAAUUGUUCAGUCUUCAGGGACGCCUAAACUUCUUCAUCCAACCAGUACAAAUUUGACGUCCAGUCCUGCAAUUCCAACGGUACAACUGGUGAGGACUGUCAACCACAGCACCACUAAUCACCUCAUACCAGCAUUGUGCACAAGUAACCUGGCAACCACCGUUCACCUCAGCAGUGUUGUUUCUCCCAUGAAUGUGCAUCUAACUGCAAGGACUUCUGCGCCCUCGCCAACUGCCUUAAAGCUUGCCGCUGUGGCUACCAAUCUGGACAGGGUGCCAAAAGUGACACCGAGUAGUGCCAUAAGCAGCAUAGCAAGGGAGAACCAUGAACCAGAAAGACUUGCAUUAAAUGGAAUUUCAGAGACCACAGUGGCAAUGGAAGUAACAUAGCCUAGACUUGGGGGGGUGGGGGUGGGCAUAAACAAAAUUAUGAUUGGAGGGGGCAAAAGUUAAAUAAAUUACGGUUGUGGAAAGUAUGUAUUCUGGAAUAAAUACAAAAUGGAAUACGCCCUAAAUUCAGGGGAGCUCAGUGUGGACCUUUAACCAAUCUCAGCAUAUCAAAAAUACAAUAUAUAAAUGUACAUUUUGUAAAAUUGGGAAUAUCACUACCUUGUAAAAUAGUAUAUUUGUAUCAUUAGUAUGUUAUUUCUGUUACUUGAAUUCUAGAUAUUUGUCAUCAUGCUUUUGCACUUGAAAAUGCAACAGAAUGGAGAGAAAAAUGUGCAACAGUUUGUUUUGGGAUCAUGAGCAUGAAGAUAGAUCCUAUGUCACUUGUUUUAACUAUUUAUUUUGCCAUGUUUACAUUUUGUAUCUGUACAAAUAAAUCAAAUUUUGUGUCUACAAAAAAUAUUGAGAUUCACAUAGUUAGCAUAUAAAGUUCUUGUACUUUUUUCUAAAGAAAAUGUAAGUAUUCACUUGGUUCAUUUUGUUCCACGAAUUGAAUAGAUGGUCUUUUGGUAACAAGUUUAGUGGCAGAUUUCAUUAUUAUGACAAUGGUAUUUUCUAUUGUUUUGCAAGGGUUUGGGGUUGGAACAGUUUAGUUUUGUUAAUGUUGUAGAAGGAACCGUAAUCUGGUUUUCUUUGUAAAACAUGCCAUAUCAAUGAGGCCCAUUUAAUUUCUAAUGUCCUGCAUCCUGCAGUCAAGUUCUGCAAAUGUAAAUGUAAACAAACAAAACCAGUCACUUUUUUAACUAUUAUUUGCCUUUUUAACCAUACUGGGGUCAGCACAAUAAAUCAUACACACUUAUGGGUAAUUUUAUCUGUUGUGUAUCUUAUAUAUGCUUAUUAAUUAUUGAAAGCAUUGAAACAUCCCAGGGAUGGGUGGGAAGGAAUACAUGUCAAACUGGUCAUUUUGUGUUGUUUCCUGUGGCCACAAGGCAAGUAACAGAAAUGGCAAAAAUGUCUGAGAAUGCAGUAGAACUACUUUUAAGUAGUGUAGUCAAAAACUGUAAGAAUCAACUUAAAAAGACGACAUUAGCAGGGUUUGCUACAUUUAGGUUUUGCGCAACUUCAGACAGGCUUUUCUUGUUACUUGCACUUGAACAACAAAAAUAAUGCAGGGAAAUAAAACUAUACAUAUACAUAUCAAAA